AUGCCGGACAAGACUGCCUCACGCUUCGACUCCGAAGCUGCGACAUGGGACAGCAACCCAACAACGGUCCGCUCCUCCGCCCUCUUCUUCGACGCAAUCAAGGCUCGCUUCCCGCAGCUUGCUCGUGGUGCUGAGAAGAAGAAGAGAGCACUGGAGAUAGGUUGCGGCACGGGCUUGCUGAGUGUGCACUUGGCUCCUCUGCUGGACGAGUAUCUUUGCUUCGACCCAAGUCAGGGCAUGAUUGAUGUCCUCGAGAGCAAGAUACCAAGCCUGCCCUCGGGCACGCACCUAAAGGCCUUCAAGGAGCUCCUUACCGAGCCGGAUAGCCCAAGCUUGGGCGGCAAGGGAGUCGACUACGCUUUCUCUCACCUUACUCUGCACCACAUACCGGAUAUGCAAUCCUCCAUUGACUGUCUAGCUGCCACCCUCAACCCGGGUGGCUUCCUAAUUAUGUCGGACUUCGAGCACUCCCCAACCUCCGAGCUGUUUCAUCCAAAGCACAAGCAUCAUGACGUGGAGCGGCACGGAGUCGUUGGCGAUGAGAUCCGGGGUAUGAUGGAGAAGGCGGGACUGAAAGGGGUCAAGGUGGAGCACAGCUUCGACUUGCCAAAGUCGGUGGAGGGUGGGUCUGAGAGGGACUUUGCGUUCCUCAUCUGUAUGGGUCGGAAACAGUGA